UGAAUAGAUAGGAUUGAUACAAACACAAGAACCUUGGGAACCUAAUAUCUGGUUUGAUUUCAUGUUCUCCGCUUUGAAACUGAAACCUGCGAGCGUUGGUUCCCGCCUUUUUUGUGUUGGCUCUCUACAAACACAAAUCAACAAAACCAUAUGGCACCAGUUGAAGUCACCCACUCACCAAACCCUUCACCAUCUCUUGGACCAAUGUUCCUCCAUGAAACGACUCAAGCUUGUCCAUGCCCAGAUCAUUCUCCAUGGACUUGCAGCCCAAGUUGUCACACUGGGCAAGCUACUCUCUCUCUGCGUUCAAGAGGGUGAUCUCCGUUACGCACACCUUCUGUUCGAUCAAAUUCCCCAACCCAAUAAAUUCAUGUACAAUCAUUUAAUAAGGGGCUAUUCGAAUAGUAAUGACCCAAUGAAAUCUUUGUUGCUCUUCCGCCAGAUGGUGAGUGCUGGCUCUAUGCCAAACCAAUUCACCUUCCCCUUUGUCCUUAAAGCUUGUGCUGCCAAACCCUUCUAUUGGGAAGCUGUUAUUGUUCAUGCUCAGGCUAUUAAGCUCGGAAUGGGGCCUCAUGCCUGCGUGCAAAACGCAAUUUUGACAGCAUAUGUUGCUUGUCGUCUCAUACUAAGUGCACGGCAAGUGUUUGAUGAUAUUUCUGACAGGACUAUUGUCUCGUGGAAUUCCAUGAUUGCUGGGUAUUCUAAAAUGGGCUUUUGCGAUGAAGCCGUUUUGUUGUUUCAAGAAAUGCUACAGCUCGGAGUGGAGGCUGAUGUGUUCACCUUGGUUAGCUUGCUUUCCGCUUCCUCAAAGCAUUGUAAUUUGGAUUUGGGAAGACUUGUGCAUCUUUAUAUUGUUAUUACUGGAGUUGAAAUUGAUUCAAUUGUCACCAAUGCCCUCAUAGAUAUGUAUGCCAAGUGCGGGCAUUUGCAAUUUGCUAAACAUGUUUUUGAUCAAAUGCUGGAUAAAGAUGUUGUUUCUUGGACUAGUAUGGUUAAUGCUUAUGCUAAUCAAGGGCUCGUUGAGAAUGCUGUGCAAAUUUUUAAUCACAUGCCGGUGAAGAAUGUGGUUUCUUGGAAUUCAAUAAUUUGCUGCCUUGUUCAAGAAGGGCAGUACACAGAAGCUGUGGAACUUUUCCACAGGAUGUGCAUUUCAGGUGUGAUGCCUGACGAUGCAACUCUUGUUAGCAUUCUUUCAUGCUGCAGUAACAUGGGCGAUCUGGCAUUGGGAAAACAAGCCCACUGUUAUAUUUGUGAUAAUAUUAUUACAGUGAGUGUGACACUUUGUAACUCCCUAAUAGACAUGUAUGCAAAAUGUGGUGCUCUUCAGACUGCCGUUGACAUCUUCUUUGGGAUGCCUGAGAAGAAUGUGGUGUCUUGGAAUGUUAUUAUUGGAGCACUUGCUCUGCAUGGUUUUGGAGAAGAGGCAAUUGAGAUGUUCAAGAGCAUGCAAGCUAGUGGACUCUAUCCUGAUGAGAUUACCUUCACAGGGUUACUUUCUGCUUGUAGUCACAGUGGUCUUGUGGACAUGGGACGAUAUUACUUUGACAUAAUGAUUUCUACUUUUAGGAUUUCUCCUGGUGUGGAACAUUAUGCAUGCAUGGUUGAUCUUUUAGGGCGUGGGGGGUUCCUAGGAGAAGCAAUGACCCUAAUACAAAAGAUGCCCAUUAAACCAGAUGUUGUCGUUUGGGGUGCUUUGCUUGGUGCUUGCAGGAUCUAUGGGAAUCUGGAGAUUGCUAAGCAAAUCAUGAAGCAGUUGCUAGAAUUAGGACGAUUCAAUUCUGGGCUUUAUGUGCUUCUCUCAAACAUGUAUUCAGAAUCUCAAAGAUGGGAUGACAUGAAAAAGAUCAGGAAAAUAAUGGAUGACAGUGGGAUAAAAAAGUGUAGGGCGAUUAGCUUCAUUGAAAUCGAUGGCUGUUGCUAUCAAUUCAUGGUGGAUGACAAAAGGCAUUGUGCUUCAACUGGUAUAUACUCCAUAUUGGAUCAAUUAAUGGAUCAUCUAAAGUCUGUAGGAUAUCCAUGUAAAUCUUCUGAGGUGGAGGAAAUAUACUACUCUAGCAAUAUUUAAUCCAGCAUCAAGUUUGUUGGAUGGAAUGGUAUUAGCUUCAUAAAAUGAAAUGAUCGUUCCAUUCCAACUCUAAAGUUUUUCGAGUCUUCUCUUGUUUGAUGCAUGAAAUCAACAUUACUUUAAAUGACAUAAAUGUCGUCUUCUAUUGAAACAAAAAGAAAAAAAGAAGUCAACUUCUUUCUUGUAUAUAAGCCAUGUGUUUUCUUUGAAAAGUGUAAUAAUUGAUUUUUCAACAUUAAAAUCUGCAGGAGCUUAUAUUCAUGAUCCGACAUUGUUCAUUGUUGAAGGGGGGUUAACA